ACUGACACAUGCAGCAGGCUUUGCGGUGGUGGCUCCACCUUUUUGAGCGGUUCAGUGACCUCACUAGUGGGCUGGUUUGGAAGGGUGGGAUUUCCAGGCUUUCACAGAGCUCAAUGUAUUCCUGCUGCCUCUAUCUUCGGAUCUAUGCGGCUUCACCGAUAGAGGAAAAAAACGGGUCUGGCUGUUCUUCUUCCAGUCGCCGCAGAUCAGGCCUGCCGCACGCGCCGCUCUACCCGAGGACCUCUUUUCUACAUGAGACUGAUAUCGGAAUAACUAACUGAGGAAUGUGGAAAUUACAGAAUGCCCGACAGCACUGGAAAGAGAUUUAAACCCACGAAAUACAUCCCAGUAUCCACAGCUGCCACGCUUCUUGUGGGGUCGACCACUUUAUUCUUCGUCUUCACGUGCCCCUGGCUGACCAAGGUAAUCUCCCCUGCAGUGCCUCUCUACAAUGGCCUGGUUUUUCUCUUCGUUUUGGCCAAUUUCAGUAUGGCAACCUUCAUGGACCCUGGAGUGUACCCCAGAGCGGACGAGGAUGAGGACAAGGACGAUGAUUUCAGAGCUCCUCUCUAUAAGAACGUGGAGAUCAAGGGCAUUCAGGUCCGGAUGAAGUGGUGCGCCACCUGUCACUUCUACCGGCCGCCGCGGUGUUCCCACUGCAGUGUGUGUGACAACUGUGUGGAGGACUUUGAUCAUCACUGCCCCUGGGUAAAUAACUGUAUUGGACGAAGGAACUAUCGGUAUUUCUUCCUCUUCCUGCUGUCUCUGAGUGUGCACAUGAUCGACGUGUUUUCUUUUGGCCUCAUCUUUGUGCUUCACCACCGAGAGAGGCUCAGCGCAUUGCAUACCACUGUCACUCUUGUGGUGAUGUGUAUAGCAGGGCUCUUCUUCAUUCCAGUCAUGGGACUUACAGGAUUUCAUAUGGUGCUAGUGGCUCGGGGUCGAACUACCAAUGAACAGGUGACGGGCAAGUUUCGUGGAGGAGUAAAUCCCUUCACCAAGGGUUGCUGUGGCAACGUGGAGUACGUUUUAUGCAGUCCUUUGGCGCCGAGAUAUAUGCUGGAUCCCAGGAAAAAGCCCCAUAUCAAUAUCCAGCCCCCAUUUAUCAGGCCGGACCUCUCCGACAGGCAAAUCACCAUCAAGGUCAGCGACAACGGUAUCCACGGCACCAUCCUCAGCUCCAAGUCUAAAAACAGCUUGGAUGGUCUGGAUGAAAAAGAAAUCCAGCCCCCUCUCCCUCCCAAAGCUGACAGGUACAACCUCAAAAACCAUCUGAUCUCCAGUGAAGUAGAGAGCUCUCUCUCUGGAAAGACCCAUCCCUCGACUCCAGCCAUGUACAAAUACAGGCCAUCCUUCAGCACCAUGCCCAAGGUUCACUACCACAACUCUCGGGAGAAGAUUAUCAUGGGAGAGGAAUGUAAGACUUCAGCCAUUCUGGAGGAGGGCGUCCGUGGUCACGACUACCGCUCAGAGCCCAACCUAGACCUGCCUGAAUACACUAAUGCUCCACUCCAUCGCACGUUCCAGUCGUCUCCUCUGCAGCUGGAUUCUGACCCUGUGAACUCUCGCUCCCUCAGCCUGAAGCAAGCUCAACGCCGCUCCGAGAAGGGCCAUCUUACAGCACUCCAGCCUCAAACAGUCACCUCCACCCCCUACAAGAGUGUCUUUUCGCCCAACACACUGUCCAACAGGAAUGGCAGCCUGUCCUAUGACAGCCUGCUCAAUCCCAGCAUCUCCCCAGGUACUGCCAAUGAGUACAUGGCCCACCGUGGGAUGCCCUCCAUGGGCUUCCACUCUCCUUAUCUGCCAACCAAAAUGUGCCACAUUAAGGAACCUGAGAACCAGAGGCAGCAGGUCACAACCACCUACAGUCCAGUGAUGCCUGUGCGAGUGGGCCGGCAGUCCCCUCACCAAAGAGACAGGGACCCAUCUCCAGUGCGCUAUGACAACCUGUCCCAGACCAUCAUGGCCUCCAUCCAGGAGCGAAAGGAGAUGGAGGAGAGGGAGAAGCGCCAGAUGUUCCAUGGGCGCUCACAACCACACAUUUAUGCCCAGGACUCUGGUGUGUUUGAUGGACCAGGGGGGUACGGGCUGCCCCCUAGCGGCUGUUAUCCAGAUGGGACUCGAUCUCGAGGCCCAACACCUCCAGCCUACAGUGGCUCUAGAGACAACCUCAUGGGAGUGGGGUUGGUGAACUAUGGCCAGCGCACCCCGGUCUUGCGCCAUGGCGGGUCCACCAUGGGCCGAGCCCUAAGGACUUCCUCUACUUCGCUGCACACUGACCACAGCAGCUCCAACAGCAGCAGGGCCACGGAGGGCUAUCGCUCCCCCACACAUCAGCCCCAUUCUCCCAUUGUCCCCCGCUCCCCAUCCUAUUCCCACCACAAACUCUCCUACAUGAACGCCCAUGAAAGGACAGACUCCCCUCGCCUGGGAGCUCCAAGAGAAACCAUAAUAGUUAAUGGGCAGAGGGACUGCCAUCCCAGUGCCCACGGCACCCCCCUCAGCCCCAGUCGCCACAGUAACGUCAAAAAGAUGACUGGCAUCGGUGGCACCACCUAUGAGAUCUCUGUGUGAGGAAGUGCUCUGGAGUCACAUCUCAAGACUGUAACAUCUCUGUUUUCAAAGAGCAGGUCACUCCUUUUGAUAGGAUAAGCCUGCCUCUACUGAAGCCUCUAACAGGGUGUGAGACACCACUGCUGUUCGGGCGGUAAUGAGGGGAAAGUUUACGUGUUGGCUCAUAAUCUUGGUCACAGGAGUGUAGUUGACAAUGAUUGUUUGUUGGUUGUAACUUGUAACAAUACAUUUUUUCCAACUGUCACACACAAAAUUAACUGUAGACUACAGUGAGGUGUAUCUACUUGACACUUGGAAAAAAAAAUAAAAAUCCACCACAUGACUUUUGGCCUCAAGUCAAGGUGCUCUGUAAAACCUGCACUGCAUCAUCUUUUUUCAAGUGAAGUGUUUUUGAUAUUACAACACAACUGGAUGGAGAAGCACAUAUUUAGAGGGAGGGCUAACAGCUAUCAAUAUUCAAAUGUAAAUUAAUUUAUUUACAAAUGUCAUAUUUUCAUAAAUCUACUAAAUGAAUGUCUUUUUGUUUAUGUCAAUUAAUUGUUGGAAACAACCCCUUUUUUUUUCUCAGUGCAGUUUUUCAAUGAUCAUUGGUAAUUUCUUGGUUCAAGACAUUGGGUGACUAUUGCAUUUGGAUAGAACAGGAAUACCUCAUCACAGUGGAGGGUAUAGGUCAGCAUUGCACAACCGAAAAACUUUGUUUUCUUAAUGUUUAAAUUUGUUAAAAACGAAACAAAUUUUGAUAUGUAUGUUAUGUUUGCGUCCAUAAUGUAACGGUUGUAUGCAUAUGUCAUUGUAACUGGUAAAAAGCUAACUGGUUGUUGAUUUGAUUUAUUUUGUAUUUUUUCUAAUUGUGUUUUAUUUACCCAUACUUUAAAACUUAUGUUUGAUACAUACAUUUUUAUAUCGUAGGCAAAUAACUGAAGCCUGGGCUAGAUUUGAGUGCAUUAUGUUUAUGUUGAGUCUUCAAUGAUGACUUAAAAGCCUAAAAAAAAGUUGUACCUUGCAGUGUAAAAAUAAUCUUACUUAAAAUGUGAUGCAAACAAAAGUUACUCUGUAUUUAACAUCUAAAAGAUAUCAAAAAUGGCUAUUUGAUGAAAUUCAGCUUCUGUCUGUACAAACCAGUACCACUUUAAUAAGUGGCAGCUGAACUUGCAUUUUAGCUUAUCAUCAAGGUAUCAAUGGACACCUACAAUAGUAUCUGCGUUAAAAGAUUUGACCACUAUGCCUUUAAAGACAUAAGACAAUUUUCAGCGAUACUGGUUACCAAAGGUACAUGUCAAAAACUCUCUAGAUUGCUGGAUUUUAGGUGAGAUCACACAAUAUAAGCUAUAGGCUCAGUGGUAAAUUGAGAUAAGGACAGUAGUUGUAAAUUGCUAAAUUUGGUGACUGAAAACUGAGAUAAACAACCUUGUCACUAAGCGUGACACAUUGACACAUUCUAAUGUUUAAGUACAACCAGUAUGUUUCUAAGAGCUAUUCAACCCAAGUAUGCUUAAUAUAGAGUGGGCAUCUCUGCACCUCUUUAAUGCCAAUUCCCCUUAAAAUAAACUGCCACUAGUCUUUGUUUUGGGAAUGGACUUCACUGCAGGUCAGGGGCCAUUCCUGACCGUACUGAAGCAACUACCGUAUGUACAAGAUCAAUUGAACAAAAAUUCAUAUUUUUGUGAAGAAGAAACCUCCCAAUGGAGUA